CUAAAAUGGACACACAAAUCAAGGCAGCCAAAAUAAAUUGGAACGAUACAGAUGAGGAUACCGAUUCUGAUGACUCAGAGUCAAGCAAUGAGUCCAAGUCUGAGAAAUCCGACCACGAGCAUGAACAUGAAGAAAAGAAAAGAGGAGGACAUGGAAGACGUGACCACUAUGGAGGCAGAGACGGCUACAAUAAUCAUCAGAAAUACCAAAAUCGUGGAUAUGGUGGAGGAAGACCAAAAAAUAAUUUCAGGGGGGAUCCGAAUGGAAAUUAUGAGAUGUACUAUAAGAAUGAUCCUAACUUCUUCGUAGAAGUCAUUAAACAAGAGGAAGGUCCACAUGAGCUCGCUGUCAAAAUCUCUGAACCCAGAGGAGGAUAUUAUGAUCAUGACUACCAACCCUCUGAUUUGUCGAUAGAUGAUAUCAAAGAAAUUCUCAGCGAGUUCGGUGUCGAAGAAACAGAUAUCAACUUUGGCAGAAAUGGAGAAAUCCGUGUCAGCAUUACCAUCGCCAAUAGCGAAGAUUGAGUUAAGAUUUACUCUGAUUUAUACGAUAACUUGAAAAAGAAGAUGAGAGGCCAUAUGACCAAGGUCUUUUAUCAAAAGGAUAUCGAGACUCUUGAGAAAUACGCAGAUGAGGCUGCUGAUAAGUACUAUCAUCAACAGAAGGAAAGAGUCAAAGAGAAGAUAGAUGGUGGCUUCAAUAACUACAACAAGCCAUACAACCAGAGAGACAAAAGAGAUCAUUAUGAUAACAAAAGGAAUGUCCAAAAAGGCUAUGAUAGGGAAUCUAAGUACGGCAAGUACAACAAAUACAGUAAUAAAGACAUUAGGAAAGAUGAAGAUACUGUUUCUACACAUUCCUUAUCAGGCUUUGGAAAGAAGCGACCUAUGCAAUUCUUUAAUAACAAGAAGAAGGAAGCUGAUAUGAAGAAAGAGCCAGAAAAAGCAUCUGACAAAGAAACUGAGAAAGAGGACUCAAAGAAGGCAACAGAGCAGCCACUAGUUGAAGCUUCUAAAGAAGCUGAAACAUCAAAAGCUCCAGAUGAGAAGCUAAAAUCUUCAGAAUCUCCUGAAGAAGUCUCUGUGCCUGAAGAGAUCAAGGAAGUCUCAAAAACGAAGAGGAGAGACAUUGUGAAUGAAUUCGAAAUGGGAGAUCUUGGUUCAAUCUCGAAACAGGAGAACAAAGCUCAGCCAAAGAAGGAAAUAGAGUACAAGAAAGAAAAGCAAGACAAAUUUUCAAAAACUUCUGGGGUAGAGCUCAAGCCAAGGAACUCUCAGAGAGGUAAAAGAGGGCAGAGGGGACAGAGAAGAACUAGAGGACCCUACACCAACAGAUUCGCAGCGCUCGAAGCCCAUAUUGACAACAGUGACUCAUCAGAUGAUAAGAGUCUGGAGGAAGAGAAAGCCAAACCAACUCUGAUUGGUGAUAGGCCAGAGACAGAGAAGUACGACAAGGAGGUCGAACACAAGGGGUACCACAAGAGAGGAGGUCGUGGUGGCUAUGGUGGUCACUAUGGAGGCUACAGAAAAGACUACAACAACCCUGAAACAUAUUCUAGUCAUGGAGGAUAUAAUCAGAGAGGUGAUAGAGGAAGAGGCUACAACCAAAGAGGCAGAAUACACAGAGGUAGAGGAAGAGGUAGAGGCAGAGGAAGAGGAAGAGGCUUUGGUGGAAGAGGUAGGCCUGAUACCAGAACAAACUAUGAUCAAAGAUCCCAAUACAGUGAUAGAUUUGACAUGGAAUCUACCAAUUCACGCAAGUCUCGUAAAGGAAAGUACUAAGUUUCAAAUCUGUAUGAGA